GUCUUCUGUGUUCGAUAUGUCACUUUUCCAUGUGUCAGCCAGAUUCUCGCGGUGCUUGAAAUCUAGUACUCGACAUGCCAUAGCUACCAAACGCACCGUAGUGACAGCCGCUAGGAAGGAAUGGCUCUGCAUCCUCCCCGACAAGCCUAACGUCCUAGAAUUACGGAAGAAGGUUAAACAAGACCAUUAUAACGGAAUCCCGGCUCUUGUCCAGUCAGGGAGGAUGUUGGCAGGUGGUGCCAUGCUCGACUCGCACCCAGAAGAGGGGAAAGAGGUGCCCUUUCGCGGAAGCAUGAUUAUCUAUACUGGUGAAACGGUAGAAGAAAUCCGCGGGCUUAUCAAGGAGGAUGUGUACGCGAAGAGUGGCGUUUGGGAUAUAGACAAUGCGCAAAUAAUCCCAUAUGUUUCGGCAGUGCGUGAACCAUUGGUGAACGGUUAGGGUACGGAUAGUUAUAUUUAAUGAAGC